AUGUUUAAAACAUCAAUUAGAUAUUUUUCAGCAACUAGAAAAGCAUUAGGUACAAAGGUAUAUUUCAAAACUUCAAUAAAUGGAGAAAUUCAACCAGCUAUUAAAUUUGAAUUAUAUGAUGAUGUAGUUCCAAAAACUGCUGAAAAUUUCAAAGCUUUAUGUACUGGUGAAAAGGGAUUUGGAUAUGCUGGAUCAAUAUUCCAUAGAGUUAUUCCAAAUUUUAUGUUACAAGGUGGUGAUUUUACCAAUUUUAAUGGUACGGGUGGUAAAUCUAUCUACGGAACCAAAUUUGCUGACGAAAAUUUCACUAAAAAACAUGAUAGACCAGGUUUGUUAUCAAUGGCAAAUGCUGGACCAAAUACUAAUGGUUCACAAUUUUUUAUCACCACAGUCUCAACCCCAUGGUUAGAUGGAGCUCAUGUUGUUUUUGGUGAAGUUACUGAUGGAUAUGACACUGUUCAAAAGAUUGAAAGCUAUGGUUCACAAUCAGGUAGAACUACUGCUAAGAUUGUAAUUGAAGAAUCAGGAGUCUCGGAAGAAUAA